AUCCAUCCCUCCAUCCUUGCAACUCGAGGAGGAGGAGAAGGAGAAGGAGAAGAGACCAAGAUGCAGCCCUUUGUCUCUCCAGUGUCCAAGGCAAUCUUUGUGGCUCUUUUCCUCUUUGCCAUUUUGCUCAUCCUCUGUGUCAUCCUCUGGUACAUUUGCAGGGACCCAGACCACGACUCCAUCUGAUGCCAGAGGGAAGGGUUUCUGCUUGUGUUGUGCGUCUGUUUGUGCCUCUGUGCCACAAUUCUUGCAAGUUGCAAAGUGGAAGGACUGGACUCCCAAAGAGACUCUCUUUCUGGCCAGGAAUGGCUCACCUACAAUAGAUUUCUGACACACCUUAAAGCUCAUAGCGUUCAUUCAAAGGAUGCUUAUAUAUCUAACAACUUUCUGCAGAGCUGUGCAUGUCCUGUGAAAAAAACAGUCACAGAUCCAGUUGCCUGCUUAGAAAGAAAUGACAGUCCCCGAGAUGCCAAUGCGAUGUCAAACUGGAUCAGUUCUGCAGUGUGGAUGCAGCAGCCUUCAGCCUCGAGAGCAAAGAGGAGCAAGGCUUCCAAGGAGGAGGAGCGACUCCUCCUCUGCUUUCGGUGCUUCUGGAGGGUGGAUCCCACAUGAUUUCCUGCCAGAUCCCCAGCGAUCAUGGGGCUGGAGCUGAAGAUCAGGGGCUUCGGGCUCAACCUGAUCCGGAUCUGCCUCCUUUCCUCCACCAGGAUCUUCUUGGGAUCCUCUGGAACUCCAGCAGAUGGCAUGAACGUUCUCUUCAUCAUCGCCGAUGACCUGCGUCCCGCGUUGGGUUCCUACGGAGAUGCCUUGGUGAGAUCGCCAAAUAUUGAUCAGCUGGCUUCGCGAAGUGUUGUGUUCCAAAACGCAUUUGCACAGCAAGCUGUCUGUGCCCCAAGCCGAGUGUCUUUCCUCACCGGUCGCAGGCCUGACACCACAAGGCUUUAUGACUUCAAUUCCUACUGGAGGGUGCAUGCAGGAAACUAUUCCACCUUGCCCCAGUACUUCAAGGAGAAUGGCUACCUCACCAUGUCUGUAGGGAAAGUGUUUCACCCUGGGAUUUCAUCGAACCAUAGUGACGACUAUCCGUACAGCUGGACCAUCCCAGCUUUUCAUCCUUCUUCUGAAAAAUAUGAAAACACAAAGGUUUGCAAAGGGAAGGAUGGAGGCCUUCAUGCCAACCUUCUUUGCCCGGUGGAUGUUUCAGAAAUGCCCGAGGGGACCUUGCCGGAUAUCCAGAGCACCGAGGAAGCCCUGCGUCUAUUAGACAUCGUGAAAGAGCAUGGCAGUAAAUUCUUCCUCGCUGUUGGAUAUCACAAACCUCACAUCCCAUUCAGGUAUCCCAAGGAAUUUCUCAAACUGUACCCCUUGGAAAAUGUCACACUGGCCCCAGAUCCUGAUGUCCCUAAAGGACUCCCUUCUGUGGCUUACAAUCCCUGGACAGACAUAAGGCAUAGGGAGGAUGUCGCAGCCUUGAACAUCAGUUUUCCUUAUGGACCUAUUCCAGAGGACUUCCAGCGGCAGAUUCGUCAAAGUUACUUUGCCUCUGUCUCUUACUUGGAUAUGCUGGUUGGGAAGCUUUUGAAUGGUCUGGAUGAUGCAGGGCUCUCUCAUAACACAAUUGUAGUAUUCACUGCUGACCAUGGCUGGUCACUGGGUGAGCAUGGUGAAUGGGCAAAAUACAGCAACUUUGAUAUUGCAACUCGUAUACCGCUGAUGUUCUAUGUGCCUGGACUGACAACUCCCAUCUUCAACCCAGGAGAAAAGGUCUUUCCUUUUAUCGAUCCCUUCAGCCAAGUUUCAAGUCCAGUGCCCCAAGAGCAACCCAAAGAAAUGGUUGAGUUGGUGUCCCUCUUUGCAACGCUUGUGGAACUUGCUGGAUUACAAGUGCUUCCUGCGUGUCCCCAGCCUUCAUUUCAAAUCUCCCUGUGUACCGAAGGACAAAGCAUGGUCCAGUAUUUCCCAUCCAUCCAUGGAGGGCAGAAGAACAACCAUGACAGAGGAGAGGACUCUGACCCUCCCAUUGCGAUCAGCCAGUAUCCCCGGCCAGGAGAUACUCCAGAGUGGGACUCCGAUCUGCCAGCGCUGCAGGAUAUAAGAGUGAUGGGCUACUCCAUUCGUACCCCCGACUACAGGUGCACUGUGUGGUUUGGCUUUGAUCCCAACAACUUUACGGUCCAUCUAAGGGACGUCCACGGAGGGGAGCUUUAUUUCACAGAGAGUGACCCCAACCAAGAUCACAAUGUAUACAGAAAUGACACUCACAGUGGCCCCCUUACCCAGAAGUUUUGCAAAAUCCUGCAGCAUUAAAUUGAGGAGGGUUGGUUUCUUAUCUGCAAAAUGCUGUUAUUGAAUCAAUAGUUGCACUGCUUAUAUACACACAGACAGACAGAGCUUUGUGUUAUACACAAAGAGG